GAUUUUUAGGGUGACAUGUCAUUGUUAGGCCGAAAAUCAAAAGGGAGAAGAAGGAAAAGGCAGGGGGAGAAGAGGGGAAAGUACCAAGCCAGCUAGGAAGCGAGGAAGCAGAGAUGCCAACCGCAAGGUGCUGCGACCUCUGCUCAUGAGCUAAUCGUGGCGACGACAGCGCAGAAGCCCCGUCAAGGUCAAGGCCGCCUAUGGAUGGGGAUCAGAGGAGGCAAGCCGCCGCCGUGGUCACCGUCGCACGGGCGGCGCGCGCGCGGGACAGCCGGGCGCGGCGCCUGAUCGCCUGGCUGCAGCUUCUCUUCCGGGCGUUCGUUCAGAGGUACGGCACGCUCGCGAGCUGGGACGCGGCGGGGCGCCCCGUGCUUGUCGUCGCCGCGGCAUUCUUCCUCCAGCGGACCCUGCGGCGCCGGUACCUGUCAUGGAAGGAGUCGUCGCGGCUGCGGCGGACGGCCGCGGCCGUCACCGUGCAGGCGGCCGUCAGGGCCAUGGCGGCUCGCCGCGAGCUCUCGCUCCGGAAGCAGAUCAGAGCAGCCACGCGCAUCCAGGCGCAAUGGCGUGCGUACCGGGCAGUGUGGAGCUACCUGAUGACGAAGAGAGCAGCCCUGAUCUGCCAGCGUGCUUGGAGGCAGGGCAUUGCGAGAAGGGAGCUCAGGAAGCUCAGACUGGAGAUUCUUGAGAGGGAGAUGCAGGAUGAGAUGUGCAGGCUGCGUGAAAUGGUGGACGUACUCCAGCAGGCCGUCAAUGACGCCGAGACGAGGGCCCUCAACGAGAGGGAGGCGGCGAAGAAGGCGAUUACGGAGUCGGAAGCGGCCCCGGUGAUCAAGGAUACCGUGGUGAUGGUCGAGGACACCGAGAAGGUUAACUCGUUGAACGCAGAAGUUGACCGGCUGAAGGAUCUGCUGGGAGCUGAAAUGAAGGAAACGUUUGCCGCGAAGAAGGCGCUUGCUGAAGCUGAAUUGAGGAAUGAGAAACUGGCUAGGUGGCUUGGAGUUGAGGAGGUUAAGAACAAACGGCUGCAAGAUUCCCUGAAAAGGAUGGAGAAGAAGGCUUCCAAUCUAGAUGAAGAAAACAAAAUGCUUCGACAGGCUGUUGCAUCAAUUCCUACUAUCAAGUCACCAUUGACUGAAAACCGUGAAACGCCUAAUAUUCAGGAAAGUCCUGAUAAUGAGAAAACACCAAAUGGUGCAGUGAAGCCCAUCAUAGUAGAUAGGGAGGGUACUAUCCAUGAGAAGAGUGCUGAACAACCUAGCUCAAAUGGCCAUGAAGCUGAGAAGCAACAGCAAGAUCUUCUGAUCAAGUGUCUAUCUGAAGAUCUGGGCUUCUCGAUCGGCAGGCCUAUUGCUGCCUACCUCAUCUACCGAUGUCUGGUCCAUUGGAAAUCAUUUGAAGAGGAGAGGACCCCAGUCUUUGAUCGGAUUAUUCAGAAGAUUACUGCUGCCCUUGAGGGUCGAGACAACAAUGACACAUUAGCAUAUUGGCUGUCCAAUUCAUGCACACUGCUGGUUCUUCUCCAAAGGACACUGAAAAUCAACGGGGUAGCUGCUUUGGCUCGUCAGAGGCGAAGAGCAUCGCCUCUUAAGGUUCCACAGGAAAACCAAGAUGCUAGUCAUCCUGACCGUACAGUUUCUGAUGGACGGUUUAUCAGCGGGCUAGCUGAAGUUUACCAGGUUGAGGCCAAAUAUCCAGCUAUUGCAUUCAAGCAGCAGCUCACAGCAUUGUUGGAGAAGGUCUAUGGGAUAAUCAGGCACAAUCUGAAGAAGGAACUGUCCCCACUUCUCAGCCUGUGUAUUCAGGCACCAAGAACAUUUGUUGUCAGUCCAAGGGGAUCAUGUUCUCAAGGAACAGAUUUGGCACAGCAGGCUUCCAUGGCACAUUGGCAGAGCAUCAUCAAAAUCCUCACAAAUUCUCUCAAUAUCUUGAAAUCAAAUUAUGUGCCGGCAUUCCUGAUUUGCAAGUUGUUCACUCAAGUUUUUUCUUUUAUCAAUGUGCAACUUUUUAACAGUCUCCUGCUACGGCGCGAGUGCUGUUCGUUCAGUAAUGGAGAAUAUGUCAAAGCUGGACUUGAUGAGCUAGAGCACUGGUGCUUUUGGCUGACUGAAGAGUAUGCUGGCUCUGCCUGGGAUGAGCUGAAGCAUAUUAGGCAAGCAGUCACACUCUUGAUACUCGAAGAGAAGCACAGCAGGAGUCUCACAGAGAUCACAGACGACUUUUGCCCAGUGCUGAGCAUGCAGCAACUGUACCGGAUCAGUACGAUGUAUUGUGAUGACAAGUAUGGAACCCUGGGCAUUCCACAAGAAGUCAUCUCAAGCAUGCGGACCAAGAUGAUCGAGGGCUCUAGCAGUCCAUCCGCGCACGACGAUAUCAACUCGUUCUUGUUAGACGAUGACUUCAGCAUACCGUUCUCCGUUGACGACAUUGCCAAGCUGAUGGUGCACGUGGACAUGGCAGACAUGGACCUCCCGCCACUGAUUCAGGAGAGCAACGGCUCGAAACUGGGACACUGAAAUGAGCGGCGAACUGAUCGACAAUACACUUCUUCUUUUUUCGUGUUGCAGUGAUGUACAUAGCGAGUGAUAUACGAUAUACCACAGUUUUGAGAUUUGAGUUCUGAUUGCAUAUACGGUUUUGUUUUUUUCUUCUUCGGUUGGUCUUCGUUUGUCUUCCCCCUGGGUGAGUCCCUGGUUGGCUUGCGUGUGCAUGAUUGUACAGAACUGAGCUGGCAUGAAAUGGAAACAAAGAAGGACUUUGUGCUUGAUUUUUCAGAAGAGUAGUAGA